UUACCAAAGCGGGGGAUGACAGGAUUCGAAGAGGAGGAAUAUAUGAAAUGAAGGGCUUUGGGUUUGGGUUUGGUGUUUUUUUCCUCCUCCUUCCUCAAAUUCCUUGCCACACCCACAAAUCACACAGUUAGGGUUUUGAAACCUAUUCUCCUUCGCAAACUCCCAAAUCACAUAAACCCUCCAAAAUCCCUCUCUUCUACCAUCUCCUUCCAGUUCUCGCAGCUGUUUCCAGCUAUAUUUGUGAAAACCGAAAAGCAUAGCUCUUUUUUCCAUUCAUGUUUGUCAGAACUCAGAACACUGUGGGUAGUGUAUUUAGAAGAUGCAUAUUCUGUGUGGCAAAAGCUUGGUUUUGAUGUAACUAAUGUUCCUUUUAGCUCCGAUUUUAAUUGAGCGCAUUUAGAAGGAAUAUCUUCUAGCAUAGUUUGGUAAAUCAUUGGCUAUCAUCACCGGUUUCUGUUAGGUACUUACUACUCAGUGAUUUGGAAUGAAUGGGAUGACGAUUUCAGCUACAAGCAAUUCCUGCACCAUUAGAUUCAGUGGCAUUCUCCAGAAAGCAUUUGUGUCUCCAUGUGCUGGGAGUAGUUAUUGGAAAAGAAUUUUAAGAAAUCACUCCACAUGUGCUUCACUGGCGGUUUCUUCAGUUGUCCCAAUCAUUUUUCGGUCCUCAUCCUCUCCGGUGAUUGCUUCGAACCUUUCACAGUCUGAGGUCCAACAACGCUCAGACGAGUGGUUCGCGCUUCGUAAGGACAAGCUGACCACAAGCACAUUCAGUACUGCAUUGGGUUUCUGGAAAGGGAGCCGUCGUGUCGAGUUAUGGCACGAGAAAGUAUUUGCAACAGAAGUACAGGUCAUUGAAGCUUCCAAAAGAAACGCCAUGGAAUGGGGUGUGCAGAAUGAAUCAGCAGCUAUAGAUCAGUACAGAAAAAUCACAGGUCAUGAGGUGAGCACAAUGGGGUUUGCAAUGCAUGCGAAUGAGCGACUCGAUUGGAUUGGUGCCUCCCCGGAUGGUGUUCUAGGUUGCUUCCCCGAAGGUGGGAUAUUGGAAGUCAAGUGUCCUUACAACAAGGGCAAGCCGGAGACGGGGUUGCCAUGGUCAUCCAUGCCUUUCUAUUACAUGCCCCAAGUGCAGGGCCAAAUGGAGAUAAUGGAUUGCGAGUGGGUUGACCUAUAUUGCUGGACACCAAACGGAAGCACAAUAUUUCGGGUGCUCAGAGAACGCAGUUAUUGGGAGUUGAUACAUGGGAUUUUGCGCGAGUUUUGGUGGGAAAGCGUGGUUCCUGCCAAGGAAGCUUUGGUGUUGGGAUCUGAAGAGCAGGCCAAGUCAUAUAAGCCUGCAACUAGACACAAACAGACAGGUCUGGCUAUUGCCAAAAGCAUAAACUUGGCUAGCCAAGCAAAGCUACUAUGCAGAGAAAUUGCAGGGCAUGUUGAAUUCUAUAGCUGAUUGGUAUUUUCAAGUAAUAGGUUGAUUUUCCAUGAAUGCAUAGCCUAUUCUUUACAUAUGUAACAUUCUCAUGUUCAAUUACAAGUGUUAAUUAUUUAUUAAAUCAAAUUCGGUCCUUCAGAUUC